AUGGCCUUUGAGGAGCUCCUGGAUGAGGUUGGUGGCCUAGGGAAAUUCCAGAUCCUUCAGAUGGUUUUUGUUCUUCCUUCUUUCAUGAUGAUAGUGUGUCAAGUGCUGUUGGAGAACUUCACUGCAGCCAUUCCUGGUCAUCGCUGCUGGGUCCCCAUCCUUGAUAAUGACACUGUCUCUGCUAAUGACACUGGGACCCUCAGCCCUGAUGUCCUCCUGAGAAUCUCCAUCCCAUUGGAUUCAAACUUGAAGCUAGAGAGAUGUCGUCGCUUCCUCCUCCCCCAGUGGCAGCUCCUUCACCUGAAUGGGACCUUCCCCAACAUGACAGACCUGGACAUGGAGCCCUGUGUGGAUAGCUGGGUAUAUGACCAAAGUUCCUUCCACUCCACCACUGUGACUGAGUGGGACCUUGUAUGUGAUCAUCAGUCACAGAAACCAGUGGCUCAAUCCCUAGUCAUGGCUGGAAUGCUGGUGGGGGGCCUCAUAUACGGCCAUCUCUCAGACAGAAUAUAGCAGAAGGAGGAAAACACCCAAACUCAUUCUACGAGGCCACCACCACCCUGAUACCAAACCCAGGCAAAGAUGUCACAAAAAAAGAAAAUUACAGGCCAAUAUCAUUGAUGAAUAUAGAUGCAAAAAUCCUCAA